CGCUACCCAGUCAAUCAGCUUGCGUGAUUUUGUUCAGGACCUUGGGCUCCAUGACCCUAGCUACCAAGGUGACCGAUUCACUUGGACAAAUAAACGUAUGGGAUCUGCGUGUGUUCGUGAACAUUUGGACAUGGCUCUCUGAUCCCAGCAUUGGAUGGAUUCUUUCCCAUACACUCUUGUUAAACAUUUUACUAUCAGGGGUCUGAUCAUCGGGCGUUUCUCCUGUCAGAUAAACCCUAUAUCCAGAACAAUCGCCCUAUUUUCCGACUUGAUGCCCGCUGGGCUGAGAAUCCGGAAGUUAGGGCGAUGGUAAAUUAUGUCUGGGAGGAACCCGUACUAGGAACCCCCAUGUACCAGCUCUAGGAAAGGCUUAAAAAGCUCCGCCAUCUGUUGUACGACUGGAGUAGGGCGGGUACUACCAAUUCUCUCCGUAACAUUAAGACUCUUCAUGCUGAAAUUGAGCGUAUCAGGUCCAUCCACCCUAUUGAUCGGGACGAGGUGAAAAUCCUUGAAGUUGAAUUAGCCAGGCAGUGGGAGGCGGAUGAAAUUUACUGACAGCAGAAAUCUCGUGUCAAAUGGUUAAAGAAGGGGGGACAAAAAUUCUUCGUAUUUCCAUACGGUCACGAGAACUCACCAGAAAAAGAAGUUUGUUCAUGGACUCCGCAAUGAUAAUGGGGAAUGGAUCACAUAGGAAACUGAGAAAGCGGACGUUGCUACCGCCUUUUACCACAAUCUUUUCACCUCGGAAAACCAGGUGCUCAAUAUGACGGAUCGGGUCGCUGAUCUCCCCAUUUCUCAUUGUGUCACUCCUUAUAUGAAUAUCGUCCUUACAACUGAGGUAUUUCCUAGUGAGAUUAGAAGUAUGGUCUUCUCUUUGGGAUCGAAGUAGGCACCGGGGUCGGACGGGUUCACGGGGAAUUUUUUUAAAGCCUUUUGGGAUGUGAUGGGAAAUUUGGUGAUUGAAGCUGUUAGCUCGUUCUUUAGAACAAGCCGGAUUCUCCGGAGCUUCAAUCAUACGUGGUUGACCUUAAUCCCAAAGGUGGAUAACGUUCAGACCAUGAAGCAGUUGCGGCCGAUCAGCCUUUGUCAGUAUGUGUACAAAAUCAUCUCUAAGAUCAUGGCUGAAAGAUUGGCUGGUCUCCUGCCCCAGAUCAUCUCAGAAGGACAAAAUGUGUUAAUCUGUGAAAGGCAAAUCGUUGAUAACAUUCUCCCGGGGCAUGAGUUAAUGCACUAUUUGAAAAUCAAAACUCGUGGUAAGAAAGGGUACAUGGCUCUAAAGGUUGACAUGGAAAAGGCCUAUGAUAAAGUCGAAUGGCCCUUUCUGCUAGUGGUUUUGGAGAAGAUGGGAUUUAACUCUGUGUGGAGAGGUUGGAUACAGGAAUGCCUCUAGUCCGCUUCUUUCUCGGUUCUCAUGAAUGGCGCCUCGUCUAGGUACUUUUCGCCCUCUCGAGGUCUCAGGCAAGGGGAUCCGCUUUCUCCCCUUUUGUUUGUCAUUUGUAAGGAGGGGUUUGCGGCCCUCCUCCAUAAUGCAAUUGCGGAUGGUAGGUUGGAAGGAGUCAAAGUUGCUCCUCGUGCUCCUCGGAUCUCGCACCUGUUCUUUGCGGAUGACUCAUAUUUAUUUCUGCGGGGUUCCCUUCAGGAGUGUGAGAUCUUGCUUGAGGUGUUGAAUGAGUAUGAGGAACUGAGCGGACAAAGAGUUAAUCUGGCAAAAUCAGCUGUUUGUUUCAGCAAAAAUAUUGCUUUGCCAGAUCAGGAGUUUUUGGCUCAAAUCCUGAGGGGUGGGGGCGGUAGGGGUCCAUGAUAAAUAUCUGGGGUUGCCCACUUUGAUUGCACAAUCGAAAAUGGCUACGUUUCGCUAUUUAGAGGGAAAAUUGCUCGAACGACUGCAAGGUUGGAAGAAGAGGACUUUGUCUUGGGCUGCUAAGGAGACUUUGAUUAAAUCAAUCGCCUUGGCUUUGCCAUUACAUAUUAUGUCCUGUUUCAAGUUGCCUCUCUCUCUCAGUGCCGUCUUCUGGAUAAGCAUGUGGCCCGGUUCUGGUGGGGAGUGGAGGAGGAUCACCAGCGGAUCCACUGGGUUUCCUGGAGAUCUUUCUGCCAGAGUAUGCACAAAGGGGGUAUGGGGUUUCAGAGAUUUGAGCAUUUUAAUCAAGCGUUGUUGGCCAA